AUGGUCGGCUCAUCCUCUACCAUCCUCUCCAACUCUGCAUUCGCAUCUCUCAACCUCUUCCCAGCGACACCGACCCACAUCCCCUCUCGGUACACCCCUUCGCUUACUCCUACUCCCUCCUCCCGACCUAGCAUCCGCGAUCGGGCAUCCUCAAGGUCCAGCAAACCUCCUCCCAUCAUCCCCAUUCGCCACUCCUCGAUCAUUUCGGAUUGGACUUCCCCCUCCACUCCCGAUCUCAGCUACUACCUCGAGCCAUCCCCAUCAUCCCUUCCCAGUCCAGCCUUUAGUGUGGAGUCCAACCAGCCUCUGACCCCCACCACUCCCACUUGCACAUCCAAGCCCGACUCCCCCUCCUCCGCUCGUAGCCGUCGCUCGUUCCGCUCCUCCAUCAUGGCUCUUCGGUCCUUCAGCGUGGUCGACCUCGGCUCACCCGUCGUCAUCUCCGGCGAGCAUGAUGCUGAAGCCAAGCCCGGAAGCGUGCACGUAGGCAAGGAGCGCUUGGUGAACUGGGCUCGACCGUUCCAGGGUAGCACUACGGAGAUCAACAUUCAAAUCUUCGGACAAUCUGCGCAGCGCGCUCGUCGGAUGAAGAAGUCUCCCACUACCGACUCGUUCGACCUCGCUUAUCCCUCCCCCACUCCUUCCUCCUCCGACGAUGAGCCCCUCCCCACCACUCCCGCUGGGAAUGACGUCGUGCCCAGCCGCUCUUGGUUGGCCUCGUCCGGUCUCACCGGUCUCGGUGUCAAGGGUAUCAAGGACUUUGACGCCUACGAGGGGGACAAUCUCGACUCCACCCUCCCCUCCAUCACCGAGGACCUCUUGCAACAACUCCACCUCGGCGAUGCCAUCGGCGCGUCCUCAUCUUCCAGCAAUCAAUCCUCCUCCAGCGCCACUCCCAUUGAGCUCAAUUCUCCGGUCUUUGAGUCCGCUUUCCCCCCGCCGACCAUCGCCUACAGACGGCAAGGUGUCACUCCCACCCGCCUCCUCACAUCAUCUCAGUCCCUCGGCUCUCUCGCGUCCCCAUCCAACCUCGCCGAGCUGCGCCAGCUCCAACAAGCUGCUGUCGACAUGGAGUACGAGGCGCGUCGGCCGUUCAAGCUGAACCUGCCUCAGGAGCGCGAGAAGCGGAUUAGGCGGAAGGCAGUACCCGUCGUCGUUGCGGCGGACAUCUCCUCGCAGCAGCCGGUGGCUAGCUCCUCCCGGCUGUUUACGCUGGAGGUCGCCUCGGUCGAGAUUUCCCGCUCCAACUCGGGCUCGUCCUCCUCAUCUGGAAACCGGGCGGACGAGUCCGGCUCGGAGGCUGCAACCGUAUCGGCAUCACCGCGGGUGAUGAUCGUCAGCGAGCCGGUCACUCCUCUUCGGAGUCCCUCUACGCCCUCCACCGCGCGCGAAACUCCCAUGCGCCGGUUCUACGGUAACGCCAAAGCCACCAUGUCGAUGAUAGACGUCUCCCCUCGUCUCGCCUCCCUCCCCAUCUUCGUCCCUCCUCGCUCGGCGUCCAAGUCGCCAGCACACCAGCGCUCCGCGUCCGACUCACCCGCUUCUUCGGUUUCCAGUGCUCGCAAGAACAGCAGCGAUGCUUCGUCUGACUCUGGCGAGUCGUGGGACCAGCCCGUCACGCCCAGCUCGUUCAACUCUGCUCGUAUCGGCGGGAACAGUUUUCAAUUCGGUCCCUCGCCACCUAUCAAGUCCAAGAAGGCGGGAGGGAUCUACGGCAACAAGUCGGCGUUCCUUAGUCAGCUGGAUCUGGGAUUGAAGCGGGUGAUGGACAGGAAGGGGGAGACAGAUGAGGAGGGGAAGAAGCACAAGAGGGGUCUGAGCAGGUUCCUGGGGAUGAAGGCUUGA